AUGUCCUCCGCUAGCUGGAAUUCACACGACCGAUACUGGGAUAGAUAUGGAAGAUACGACCGUUAUGGUGGUGGACACGAUUAUAAACAACCUAGAUAUUCUCGAGGUCGUUAUGGGUAUGGUCACGGCUAUAGCUGUCGUUACGGUGAUUUGUGUAACUACCGCAACUGGUCAGGGUAUGGUGCUAAUGAAUAUGAUGGCUACACUAGACAUGGAGACUACGGUAGAUAUGGCGGCUAUGGUGGGUAUAGAGACUACGAUAGAUAUGGCGGCUAUGGUGGGUAUAGAGACUACGAUAGAUAUGGCCGCUAUGGUAGUUAUAGAGACUAUGGCGGCUAUGGAAAGAACGACGGCUAUGGUGGGUACGGAAACCAUGAUAUAUAUGGCGGUUAUGGACGUAUCGGUCUCGGUGGUUAUCCAUAUGAUGGUUAUUACUAUCGUUAUGGUUACAGCUAA